AUGCAUGAGAACAGCAUCGGGCCAAUGUGCACAGUGAGCACAGAAGACCAGGAUCCGCCUGCGGUGCAGGGCCAGCCAACCAUUUGGCGCCGCUGGGACAGAGUUUCUUUGUUGGCGGCUAGAAUCCACACGGGAUAUUGGAGUUGGGUACAGAAAACAAGGGGAAAUGAACAACUACUAGUUAGGGAAACAAAAGGAGAAGAGACGGAGAUGGGGCGAGGCGUCAUGGACAGCGAGAAUCUCGAGCAGUGA